UUUUAAACGUCCUGUAUUUACUACCAGUGUGCAUGCGAUUCUGAAUAUCACACAUAUACAGAGUAAAUCCUCAAUAAAAGGAAAUACAUCAAUAUUUAUCAGAAUUUCGAUAUUGUAUAUAUUAUAAGGUUCACAGAUUAUAAGGUCAAUCAUUAUAUGACCAAUUAGAAAUAAUACAAACUAGCAGGACCAUUAUGUGAGUGUAUUGCAAUUCUCCUUAGCGUGCGAAGGUCUAUUUGAAAUUUCUAGAAUUGACUUUAUAAAAUGGCUAUAUGUAAUUUGGUUGUGGGUCUAGACACAGCCUCCAAAAAAGUAUGUGGAGACAGUUUAAGCUUCAUUCAAAGAUUUAUUAUGCAAGUAGGAAUGAUAUUGUGCCUGCUACCAGACGUGAUCACCCUACAGGAAAUCAGAGGCAAAGAAAAUAAAAAAAUUGUAAGAGAAAAACUGAAAGAGAAAGGCUACGAAUCUCGCUUCUUUCAUAACAAUGACAGCGACAAUACGUUUUAUAAUUGUAUAGGCAUUCGAAGUUCGAAUUUCGGAAAAGAUUGUAGUUGGAAAGAGGUUGGGUCCAAGCACUACUGGACAACUAUCGACGAUGCUGGAGUUCCAUGUCUUAGUGAAAAUAAAGAUGCUCGUAUUCCAGCUAUACCCGAAAAGGGAGUAGAGGGAGAUGAAUGGGGCCGAUGCGUUGGUGUGACUGUACUGCAACAUAAAACGUCUCUGAAAAAAGUAAUCGUCGCCUCAAUUCAUGUUGUCCCAUUCGGAGAAACGAAGGUGCUUCAACAGAAAGCCUGUCUGUCGUUGGCAAAUAUGACUAGAGGUAUAACAGGAGAAGCCAAAGAUUGUCCAGUCAUAAUUGCGGGUGACUUCAACUUCUUUGACGAAGAAAGAAAAAGCAAAAGCUUCAAAGACUGGGAAGACUAUGUGUUGGCACUCAAUCUCCGUGAAACUCCUUUGAAAAGGAUGGAGAUCUCAGGAAUCAAUGAAAAAGGUGUUAUAGAGGAUGAGUCUUUAAUAGGAACAUAUACCCCAUGGUCAACAGAUAAAUAUGCACACGUUAUUUAUAAGCAACCACUUGGCUAUUCAAAGUUAAAUGCCAUAUUUGCUUCUAAUGAGUUGCAAUGCAAAGAUGGCGUCACGGUGCAACCAAUAUUGAUGAAGCAUUUGAACGAGCUGUCCAAAAUGACUCCCGAGGAGAAGAAGACGGGUAUGGAUGAACUAAGAUUUCGGCUGAAAGACAUCCUAGCUUCUGAUCAUUUUUUAAUGAGCGCAGAAUUUACACUGUCAGGUCAUCAAUAAGCUUGAAUGGUGGAUGUAAAUG